UCGGACAUCAGUCGAAAAUCGGACAUCGCGAGGUGCUGCGACGCUCACGCUGUGCGCAACUACCGACACGUGAAUUUUCGCCGUUUGUGAAGCACACUAUGGCCGACAACAUGUCUUUCUGGCUGGGCCCGUGGAUGGGAUUCCCUCUGCUCGCCGAGCUGGCCGAGCCGCGCGCCGUCGAAAAGCCCGAGAAGCCCGACAAGUUCCAGGUCUCAAUGCACCUGGGUCACUACAAGCCGGACGAGGUGGUCGUCAAAGUCGCCGACGGAACCAUCACGGUACGAGCUGAGCACGAGGAGAAACACCCGGACGGCUACUCGUUCAGCCGGACAGUGCGACAGUUCACAGCGCCCGAGGACGCCUGCGUCGACAAGCUGACCUCCCAGCUGACCCCGUCGGGUCACCUGAAGCUGGAGGCACCGCUGGCCCAGGAGCGCCGCAGCACUGCCAGGACGAUCCCGAUCGAGAUCGAAGGACCCCGGGAGAAGAAGGACGAGCCGCCGCUGCGAAUCACCUACGACUCUGCUGGCAACACCGCAAACGGCGACUGCAAGAAGUAGGUAGGAGUGGUCGCAGGCUCGCAUCGACUGUGGGAACCAGAACAUUGCCUGGCGGCGGCUGUGCUGUGUGAGGCGUUUAUCUAGCCCCGUGACGGGUCGGCCAGUGUCUGGAGGUCGGUGGAAUGUCUGGCGGAAGCCGCGAGUUCUCGUGCUGUGAGGGAAGUGUGGUUUGCCCGUCUAUGUAAUCUUGCCGGGACAAUCGUAGACUGUUUCCCUACCAAUGCCUGAUCGAUAUCUGUACUACGGGAAUACACUUUGCCCGGCUAGAGGCCAGCCUUUUGCUGAUUUUUUUCUUCUCCGAUUGUGACUGCGGGCGGACCGCCUUUCUAGUUUUGUUUUUGAGCCUUGCUUUGUGAUUAGUGUAAAUAAACGAUCGAUGCUGAAAA